AUGUCAAACGAAAAUCAAGACGACAAAUUUGUUUUUAACAAGCACAGUAACUCACCUGAUACUCAACCUCAUCAGCAUCGCUGUAAUGGUCAUCUUGAAGACGUUUUAGAAGGCCUGUCCCAAUGGCCCAUGGAUGUAUCAAAGCCUUUUGGCUUAUUCUUGUCUUGUUUGAAAUCUCAACCUGGUCAAGAACCUGUUCGAUACAAGUUUACAAAGCAAGACGAGGACAAAAAACAAUAG